AAGCCCUCCGUCUCAGAGAUGCUGCCGCUGCUGCUGUCCCUGCUGUGGGCAGGUGGGUCCCUGGCUCAGGACAGAGAAUACCGGCUGGAAGUGCAGGAGUCCGUGACGGUGCAGGAGGGCCUGUGUGUCCGCGUGCCCUGCUCCUUCUCCUUUUCAUGGGACAACAAGGACAACUCUGUCCCAGCUUUCAGCUACUGGUUCAAGGAAGGGGCCGAUGUGAAGCUGGAUGCCCCUGUGGCCACAAACAACUCAGAACGUAAAGUUCAGGAAGAGACCCAAGGCCGAUUCAACCUCCUAGGGGACCGUGGAAACAACUGCUCCCUGGACAUCAGAGACGCCAGGAGGAGGGAUCAAGGUUCAUAUUUUUUUCGUGUGGAAAGAGGAACGACAUUAUGGAGUUAUAAGCCUAACAAGAUCUCCUUGCAUGUGACGGCCCUGAACCACACACCCCACAUCCUCAUUCCUGGGACACUGGAGGCGGGCCGCCCCGGGAACCUGACCUGCUCUGUGCCCUGGGCCUGUGAGCAGGGCGCGCCCCCCAUCUUCUCCUGGACGUCAGCCGCCCUCACCUCCCUGGGCCCCAGGACCCACCUGUCCUCAGUGCUCACCAUCACCCCACAGCCCCAGGACAAUGGCACCAAUGUCACCUGUCAGGUGAAGUUCCCCGCAAGCGGUGUGAUCGUGGAGAGGACCAUCCAGCUCAGCGUCACCUGUGCUCCACAGAGCCCAGCAACAGGUGUGUGCUCAGGGGAGGGCGCAGGAAACUCGGGGACCAGAGCAGGAGUGAUUGAGGGGGCCCUUGGGGGAGCUGGUGUCACCACGCUGCUUGUUCUCUGCCUGUGCCUCAUCUUCUUCACAGUGAAGACCUACAGGAAGAGAGCAGCCAGGACUGCAGUGGGUAUGGAGGACAUCCACCCUGUCAUAGGACCAACUUCCCUGGAUCACCGGCGAGAGUCCAAGUUAGAGGAUCCUCCUGACCCCACAAGCUCGGCAGGGGCCACCCCCACCUUGGGGACGGAGGAAGAGCUGCAUUACGCCUCCCUCAGCUUCCAUGGGAUGCGUCAUCCUCAGGAGAGCGCCCACUCAGAAUACACGGAGAUCAGGACCAAGUGA